AUGUCCGUGGUGAAGCGCGAGCGGGCGCGCGCCGAGCGCGAAGAGCGCCGGAAGCGGAAGCGCGAAGCGCUGGACUUGGGGGGAGGUCCGGCGCCUCCGGCGACGGCUCCCAAGGCGUCUUCGCUGUCUGAAGCGGCGAAACUUCCACCGAAGCAACCCGACGUGGAGCCAGGAGCCACGGUCACUUUCCUCUUCGAGCACGAGAGCAUCGAGCUGCCGCUGCAGCGUUUGCUCGAGGGAGCUGCUCCAGGCUGGCUGCUUGCGAGCGCGGAGGACCUCAGCGGCGCCGCAGUGAGCUGCGAAGAGACGCCCGUGCCGCCGGAGCAGCGCCAGGCCUUCCGUGUGUUGCUCCGAGUCCUGGCGGAGCGUCAACAGCUGGGCGUGGUCUUCAGCCGGCGGCCAAAGCAUUUGGUGCACGCCUUCCUCGUGUGCCACCUGCUGGGACUCGAGCACUGUGCCGCCGAGCUACGGGAGACCUUCCUCAGGGCGCCGGCGCAAGUCCUGGCCACUUGCCGCGGCUCAAGCGCCGCUCUGCUGCGCGCGCUGGACCUUGGCCUGGCGCAGGUCGGGAGCGCCCGCGUGCCGGAGAGCCCGUGCCUGAAGUUGCACCAGGCCGCAGAGUUCCUGCUGCGUGCGGAGGGAUCGUCGCUGCUGCUGGCACGGCAGCUGGGCAGGGUAUUGGAUGCCUCAGGCGAGAACCUGAGCACCCUCUGGCGCGCGGCACGGCUGCUGCGCCUGGAAGAGCCCCAGCUCCUGCUGAAGGCGGCUGCUGAGCGCCUCCAGGUGGAUUUGGGGGAG